GUGCUGAUACACAGAAAGUCCAUAAAAAAGCCGUAAUAUUCAUAAUGACAACACGGAAAAGGAAGAAAUCAUUGUUAACGUUACCUCAAUCCGAGUGUGCCAGCGAUCAGACUGACGGUGACCCUCUCAAGAGACCCAGUCAGUGUCAAUCUGACAAGAUACCUGUGCUUCAGCAUCUCAGCCCUUACUUCUCAGUGAGAGAGUCUGUCAGACUGAGUUACAGCUUCUUCAAUCAGCCCUGCCAAGAUCUGGCAAAGGCCUUUCUCGGCAAGGUGUUGGUGAGGAAGCUAACUGAUGGCACUGAGCUCAGAGGAAGGGUUGUGGAAACCGAAGCAUAUUUGGGGGGGGAAGACAAAGCAUCCCACUCAGCAGGAGGGAAACGCACGGAGAGAAACACUGCCAUGUUCAUGAAGCCUGGGACCAUCUACGUCUAUCCCAUCUAUGGCAUCUACCUCUGCAUGAACGUCUCCAGCCAAGGGGAGGGGGCGGCGGUGCUUGUGCGCUCGCUGGAGCCUCUUAGCGGUCAGGACGUCAUGAGGGGCCUGCGAGCAGCCAAACGCAAGGCGGGAGCCAAAAUCCUUAAGGAGAAAGAGCUUUGCAAUGGGCCGUCAAAGCUGUGUCAAGCACUAGAUAUACAGCGCUGCUUCGACCGCAGGGAUCUGGCCACUGACACAGAGGUGUGGCUUGAGAGGGACCCAGAACGAGAGGCUGUUUGCGCGGGAGAGGUGGUGUCAGCGCCCCGGAUAGGAGUCGAGUCUCACAGAGAAUGGGCAACCAAACCGCUUCGCUUCUACUUGAGAGGACACCCGUGUGUGAGCGUGCUGAACAGAGACGCAGAGCGCCAGAUGCAGUCCUCCACUGAUCUUCAUAACACUGAGAUGGAAAGGACAGUCUGAUGAAAUGUUGUUUAGUCACAAAAUCACUCUUUUAAAGGAUCGUUUGCUCUAAAAUGAAUCAUUUACUCACUAUCAUGUCGCUCUAAAUCUGUGUGGUAUUUUUUUGGUACCCUGCUGAACACCAAAGGAGAUGUUUAGCAGAAUGUCAAAGCUGCUCUUAUCCAUUUAAUUCGAGUUAAUGCUGACUAGGGACUGGCAAGGUUAAAAAAAAUGGUGAAGAGCACUCUACAAGUAUCAUGGCUUGUUCUCUAUAUUCUCUGGAAGUCUUCUAACUCAUCCAAAAAAAAAGGGAAGUUUAAGUCAUUAUUCAGCGAUAAUCCUCUCAUUUUUCCUCACAAAGCUUUCCAACUGAGAAGAAUAUAAAACACAAAUCUGCUACUGUGCUUGUUUUGUUCCAUUUUGGAGCUUGAAGACCCCUGGUGACUAAUCAUUUUCACUG